UUUUCUCCUUCAUUCAGCCCAUAGGCUUUGGAGGGGGAGGGAAUCAGAGAUGACGGGAAACAUGGAACCCAAUCCUGAAGUUGAACAGGGAAACGAAUGCUCCUUUGAAUGGGACGAAGCAUCUCAGCUAUAUUUCCAUGCCAGCACUGGAUUUUAUCACGACCCCAGUGCGGGCUGGUACUAUAGCAGUAGAGAUGGUCUCUAUUAUAAAUUUGAGAAUGGGAAUUACGUGCUUUUGGAGUCUUACAAGGGUGAUGAAUCUGAAAUGAACCAGAGCAAGCAGACCUUUCCUGAUAAGGACAAUGAAGAUGAGUCAUUUAUGCACGAGUGUUCUCAUAAAGAUGGAUCUGAAGCCUAUCAAUCUGUAGGAACUACUUCCAAGGAACCCACUGUAGGACUGAUGGAGUGCAUUAGCAGUCAUGGGAAUGAAAAUCCAACUCCGCCAUCAGAAUGGUUAGAAGAAACACUUAUUAAUCUUUAUUUAUCAGGCUAUUCCAAUCCAGAAAUUGGUGCCGUUGAUAAUGUGAGGAUUCCUUUGGAAAUAGAGAAUGACGCCAACUUGUUAGAUGAUGGAAAUGAUGAUACCUGUGAACUUGAAGAGGGAGAAUGGAUACCUGAGGAUGCUCAUGGUGCCAUAGAGACAAGUGAAAGUGACAUAGAUGAAGAUGUGCAGGCUUGGCGAGCUCAAUAUGGUCAAGUCAGUCAGCCUCAAGAAGAGUCAAUGUCAACUUUCCCAGUUGUGGAUUUAUGGGACUGGACAGUGGUCACAGAAACCAAGAAGCAUAGAAAGUUUGAAGUGGUCAGGCUGGUUGGGCGACUGAUGAGAUGGUCUACUAAGCUUCAUCCCUCUCUGCCUUCUAGUUGUGGCCUUUACAAAACUGCUCCUAUUUGUGAAGUAUAUCUUGAUCUGGUACGAGUCACAUCAGGGCAGGUAUAUAAAUUGAGAAGUCCUAGUGCAAAAUAUAUAGCUUCAUUAUCAAUUUAUGAUUCCUCCAAUCCAACGAAAGAUUGGGGCUUCCCUGAAUUGUCGAUUCAUAAGCAAGUACUUCCCCAAUAUAAUUCCAUCCGAAACUGCAAACUUGGAACACCAGAAAAGGUCCCAGUUGACGAGGAUUUCUCUAUUCUAUUAGAUCAAGUCUCUUCAUCUGAAAAGCAUAUAAACGGUGCAUAUCGAGAUAGAGCUGCUGAAAGAAGAGCCUUGCAUGGUGGUUUUGGUGAGGGUCCAGGUCAAAAGAAAUUGGCUGUUGAUGGUAGUGCAUCACCUCCUCUCUCUGUGCGUACGGAAGAGGCUGGAGCUGAAGCCUUGAACAUGUCGUUUGGAGCUGGGAGUUACGCCAGAAAAAUUCUUGAAAACAUGGGUUGGAAAGAGGGGGAGGCUCUUGGCAAGACCUCAAAGGGGUUGUUGGAGCCAUUACAAGCAGUUGGAAACAAAGGCAAUGCUGGAUUGGGAUGGGGUCAAGGCCUGACAAAGUAUCAGUGAAACAAAGGCAAUGCUAGACUUCUCUGAGCUGUUGUCGUCAUUAAAUUUAGUGCUGAUAUUACAGGAGCCGCUAGAAGAGAGGGAUUCUAAGAUUAGAAGGCUGAAGCAUGACCUUCAAUAGAAGAGUGCAAGUGAAGAGGAAAAACAGAUUCAGCUUCUGAUAAGAAAGAUAUGCUGAUUGAUGGAGGAGGUCCUUAGAGUCAGAUAUUCUGAUUGCGGCUUUCUGUUGGGUUUUUUUAAUCCAGUUAGGCUUACCACAUGUGGUAAAUCAGCAGUCAAAUAUAUUUCCAAUAAUAUUGCAUCGAUUAGAAAUCAUUCUAGUUAAUUGCCACGGUUUUAGAGUUGUACUUCCAAUUAUCUGUCCUUGCUCCAAUGAAGAUUCAAUGUGUCACAUGAUCAGUCAACUCUCUGAUAUAGAAACAAUAUGUCAUUCUCUGCUAUGACCAGAAUGCUUCUGCUGUUGCUGUUGGUGUUUUUUUUCUUUUUUUGGGUGGAAAUGAUUGACAGAUGUUAUUCUCUUAUGAAGAUGCAUUGUAUUUGUCUGCAUUCUGCAAUGACCAGAAUAAAUUUAUGAUUUUUUAAAAUCAGAAUUUAUUCAUUUUUCAUUCAAUUGGUUGAAUUUAAAAUUUACCACAAUUUCAAUUGAUUAAUUAAAUUGUAGAAUUGGAAUUGAAAUUGCAAUUGCUACAAUGCUGUAGCCAAAUUCCUGUCUGUGGUGUCAGAAUACAUGAUUAGUUGGGUUAUGCUGUCUCAACCUGAAACAUUAACAUACUAUGUUUUCCUUGUAAUUGUAGUGUUGGUUCACAUGUGAGUUGGAUCUUUUAUGUGUCGCCACAUGCUGGGCGUCAUAAUUAACAAGCGAUGGAAAAAUCAAAUGAUUCAUCUAUCCAUGCCUCUUUUAUUAUGUUAUGGUAUCUGUAGUUUUGUAGUUUGUUUGGAGUGACGCAUGCUAUCACUAUGGUUCAAGUGUUCAGAGAGAUCAAUGUUCCUCUUGGCUGGCUAAGUAGACAAAAACAAGGUUAAAUUUUCUGAUUUUGCGGCUGCGACUAUUUUAUCGUGAAAUGGUGGUACUGUUGCAAGACUUAAUUUAUGCAGAUAGUCGACAGAACCGCCAAAUGGAGAACAAUGGGAAACUGCAGAAGUUGCAGCCCCAGUGGUUUAACUACCCUAGGGUUCAAGUCUGUCUUCACUUUGUGACGCUGAUCCAGCCUCUAAUUCUGUUAAACGGAUUAAUGUUUUCUAGCGCGGUGCGUGAUCUUACUGGUCUGGAGCGGGUGGGCGAGAGGGAUUCUGAGAUCGGAAUGCUGCUGAGGCGUGAGCUGUACAGCAGAAGAAGAGCCCUAGUGAAGGGUGAAAAACAGAUUCAGCUUCUAAUAAGAAAGUUAAUAAUGUCUUCUUUACAAUAAUGAUAUCUGCGGCUGAAGCUGGGAACUGACUGGAGUUUUUUAACUGAAAACUGUUUUUCGUUUUUCUUGCGUACGUUAAAUAAACAAAUGAUUGGUAUAUAUAUCUCGUUCAAACGGAGAGCAUAAGGGACAUAUGAUGCAUCAUUAGUUUUGUGGAGUGUGCACUCGAUUGGAAUAAAAUUCAUAAUUGAUCAAUUUCCAGAA